UUAUUUUAAGUUUAAACAUUAAUUCUGGAGGCUACUUGAAUCCUUUUACUUCGGGGGGACAGCCACAUCACAGUGAUAGCAGCAAGGGAAAAAGCAAAUUGGAAAGCGGAAAUACUCUGACAAUGACCGAUGUUGGGGAAAUAAUCAAAGCGCUGAAUGAUUUUGGGCGAUUCCAGCGUUGUUUGUUGGCUUUGAUCACUCUGAUUUCUAUUAGCCAUGCUUUCCAUAUGUUCAGCCAGUUAUUCAUGGUUGCCGAAGAACCUCAUUACUGUCGCACAACUUGGUUCAAUGCCGUUGGCUGGAAUCUGACCGAAGAGGACCGGUUGAACUUGACCAUCCCAAGAAAGUCUGAUGGAACCCUAGAAGAAUGUUUCAUGUACACUCCGGUGGAAUGGGAUCUUGAUGCAAUUGUAGAAUAUGGCCUUAAUGCUACUGAGUUGUGCCAGGAGGGAUGGGCAUACCCUUCGAAGAGAGAGCCUUCAUUGGUCACACAGUUUGACCUCGUAUGUGACAGGAAAGAUUUGAGUAGCAUCUCACAAUCCAUUUUCAUGUUGGGCCUUCUCAUCGGAGCUCUUGUGUUUGGUCCACUAAGUGACAGGUUUGGCCGGCGACCAAUUAUUUUGUUGUCACUGCUCCUUCAAGGCACAGCCGGGGUUGCUGUCGCUUUUGUUCCAAAUUUUUCCCUCUAUAGUGCUGUCCGGUUUCUGGUGGGCGCUGCUGUUUCUGGAGCCUUAAUAUGUGGUGUGGCUUUAGGUGCUGAAUGGGUCGGGAUAGCCUAUCGUCCACAUACGGUGAUCAGCAGCCACGUGGGCUUUGCAAUAGGGCAGAUGAUGCUGGCUGGUUUAGCUUAUGCCAUUCAUGACUGGAAGUUACUGCAGAUUGCAGGCUCUGCCCCUGUCUUUGCUCUCUUUUUUUACCUAUGGGUCCUUCCUGAGUCUCCCAGGUGGAUGGUGACCAAAGGGAAGGUGGAGGAAGCAAAAAAGCUCCUCCUGAAGGCAGCUGCAAUGAAUAAACGAAGCAUCCCACCAGAAAUGUUAGAUCAGUUGAAAGCUGAAAGGACCACCAAAUCUGGAAGUAUUCUAGAACUUGUCAAAAAUCUCCACCUAAGGAAGGUGACUUUCCUUAUGUCAACAGUCUGGUUUGUCAAUAGUUUGACAUACUUUGGUUUAAGCCUGAAUGUGGGCAGUUUUGGCUUGGAUAUCCACCUGACACAGCUGAUCUUUGGGGCUGUUGAAAUACCAGCUCGUAUCUCUUGUCUCUUUGUGAUGCAGUGGAUGGGGAGAAAAAGAUGCCAAGCUUUCUACUUGCUCCUGGGUGGAGUAGUUUGCCUUUUCAUCACCGCUGUUCCAAAAGACUUGCCUGUGAUAAAAACAGUGCUGGCCAUCACUGGGAAGUUUGCCAUUGCUGGUUCCUUUACUACAUCCUAUGUGUAUUCCACAGAACUGCUCCCAACAGUUAUCCGGCAGACCGGACUUGGAGUGUUCCAGAUGGCCACCCGGAUGGCUAGCAUAAUCUCACCCCUGGUUCCUCUCUUGGAGAAAUACCACACCUCCAUCUCUGUGUCGAUUUUUGGUAGCACCUCGGUGGUGGCUGGACUCCUUUGCCUCCUUCUGCCUGAAACACAUGGCAAGGACCUUCCAGAUCAUGUGGAAGAUGCUAUCGGCAAUCAACGACCCAGCAAGACAGAUGACAAUGGCUUGGGAAAUGGACAUUUAACACCAAAGGACAGCAAUGUCUUCAGUGAACCAGCAAAGAUUACUCACCUGUGAGCUGGCACCUUAAAUUGCCACAAUGUGCCAUGAAAAAAGGACAACAGAUACAUUGGUGGACAUUUUCUCACGGGAGGGGGAAAAAGCCAAUGUUCUUUUCUUUGAGUACUUUUGUUUUCAAAACCCCCCAUGUGCCAGUUAUAGUGCUGUUAUUCCACUUUAAUUGCCAUGGUUCUGACCUAUGGAGUUUGGAAUUUGCAGUUUAGGGAUGAGUGUUUUGAAUUUGCAGCCAGAGAGCUCCUCCAGUG